CAACACAUGGUUGCUGGCUGAAGCCGCCGUUUCCGUGACCGGACUGGCUCUCGAGUUGGGGCGGCGAUGGACAACUUCCUCACGGAGGGGACACGGGUUUGGUUGCGAGAAAAUGGGCAACACUAUCCAAGUACUGUACUUUCCUGUGCAGAGGGAGUUGUGGUGUUCAGGACGGAUUAUGGACAGGUAUAUACUUACAAACAGAGAUCAAUUACACACCAAAAAGUAACAGCUAUGCAGCCUACAAGCGCAGAAGGGCUUGAAGAUAUGGCAGCACUGGUAGACCUCCAUGAGGGUGCCAUCAUGCACAAUCUAUUCCUACGAUACCAGCAAAACAAAAUUUAUACAUACAUUGGUUCCAUCGUUGCUGCAGUCAACCCCUACAAGACCAUUCCAGGCCUCUAUGACCGCACCGCAGUGGAGCAGUAUAGCCGGCACCACCUGGGAGAAAUCUCACCUCAUAUUUUUGCUGUUGCUAAUGAGUGUUACCGCUGCCUAUGGAAACGUCAUGACAACCAGUGUGUUCUCAUCAGUGGUGAAAGUGGUGCUGGUAAAACAGAAAGCACUAAGUUGAUUCUCCAGUUUUUGUCUGCUGUGAGCCAACACUCGUUGGAACUCUCUCAGAAGGAGAAGACGUCCAGUGUUGAACAAGCAAUUCUGGAAAGCAGCCCAAUUAUGGAAGCUUUUGGCAACGCAAAGACUGUUUACAACAACAACUCAAGUCGUUUUGGGAAGUUCAUUCAGCUGAACUUCUGUCAGAAAGGCAACAUUCAGGGAGGAAAAAUUGUAGAUUAUUUAUUAGAGAAGAAUCGAGUAGUAAGACAAAAUCCAGGAGAGAGGAAUUAUCACAUCUUCUAUGCCCUGCUGGCAGGGAUUGAGGGAGAAAAGAAAGAAGCGUUUUACCUAUCUGCACCAGAGAGCUAUCACUACCUGAACCAGUCUGGAUGUGUUGCGGACAGGACAAUCAAUGAUAAAGAAUCAUUCAAAGAAGUCAUUAUGGCCAUGGAAGUGAUGAAGUUCACCACAGAGGAAGUGCAAGAUGUUCUGCGGCUGCUGGCCGGCAUUUUGCACCUAGGCAAUAUAGAAUUCAUUACUGCUGGCGGAGCACAGGUGUCCUUCAAAGCAGCUCUGGGUAGAUCCGCAGAGUUACUUGGGCUGGACUCAACGCAGCUGACCGAAGCACUGACGCAGAGGUCAAUGAUACUCAGGGGAGAAGAAAUCUUAACACCUCUCAGUGUGCAGCAGGCAAUAGAUAGCAGAGAUUCGGUAGCUAUGGCACUUUAUUCCCAAUGCUUUGCCUGGAUUAUUAAAAGAAUCAACAGCAGGAUAAAAGGCAAGGACAACUUCAAGUCCAUUGGAAUUUUAGACAUCUUUGGAUUUGAAAAUUUUGAGGUUAAUCGUUUUGAGCAGUUCAGUAUUAACUAUGCAAAUGAAAAGCUUCAGGAGUAUUUCAACAAGCACAUUUUUUCAUUAGAGCAAUUGGAAUAUAGCAGAGAAGGACUUCUAUGGGAAGACAUUGACUGGACAGAUAAUGGAGAAUGUUUGGAUCUAAUUGAGAAGAAACUCGGUUUGUUAGCACUUAUAAAUGAAGAAAGCCAUUUCCCCCAAGCUACUGACAGCACCUUGUUGACAAAGCUACACCUCCAGCACGCUAACAAUCCUUUUUAUGUGAAACCAAGAGUUGCUGUCCACAACUUUGGAGUGAAACAUUAUGCUGGAGAGGUCCAGUAUGAUGUCAGAGGAAUUUUAGAGAAAAACAGGGACACUUUCAGGGACGAUCUCUUGAACCUCUUACGGGAAAGCAGCCUUGAUUUCAUAUACGAUCUGUUUGAACACGUCUCAAGCCGGAGCAAUCAAGACACUUUGAAAUGUGGGAGCAAACAUCGGAAGCCCACCGUCAGCCUGCAGUUCAAGGAGUCACUGCAUUCCUUAAUGACAACACUAAGCACAUCUAACCCCUUCUUUGUCCGCUGCAUCAAGCCAAAUAUGCAGAAGAUGCCUGACCAGUUUGAUCAGAAUGUGGUGCUGAACCAGCUGCGUUACUCCGGUAUGCUUGAGACUGUGAGGAUACGAAGAGCUGGUUUUCCAGUGCGGAGGCCGUUUCAGGAUUUUCAUAAAAGAUACAAAGUUCUGAUGAGAAAUUUGACACUUCCUGAAGAUAUAAAAGGAAAGUGCACUGCUCUGCUUCAUUUGUAUGAUAGCACAAGCACCGAAUGGCAGCUUGGAAAAUCUAAGGUGUUUCUUCGUGAAUCUCUGGAACACAAGCUGGAAAAAGAGCGAGAGAUAGAGGCUGGCAAAGCAGCCAUGGUCAUCCGAGCGCAUGUCUUGGGCUACAUGGCACGAAAGCACUACAGAAAGGUCCUUUACUACGUGGUCAUCAUACAGAAGAACUACAGAGCUUUCUACUUACGGAGGAAAUACCAGCUCCUAAGGAAAGCAGCCAUCACCUUCCAGAAACAGCUCCGAGGCCAGCUUGCCCGCCGUGUCUUCAAACAGCUGUUGGAGGAAAAACGGCAGCGAGAGGAGGAGCAGAAGAGAAAGGAGGAGGAGGAAAGAAAGAGACAAAAACAGGAAGCAGAACGUCUUGCUCGGCAGGCAGAGGAGGAGAGGCGGCAGCGAGAACUGGCAGCUCUUCAGAAGGCCCGACAAGAAGAAGAGCUAAAGCGAGAGCUGGAGAAGCAAAAGGAAAACAAGCAGGUCGAAGAGAUCUUGCGCCUGGAAAAAGAGAUUGAAGACCUGCAGCGCAUGAAGGAGCAGCAAGAACUGUCGCUGACAGAGGCUUCGCUGCAGAGGCUGCAGCAGCUCCGAGAUGAGGAACUGAAACGCUUGGAGGACGAGGCCUGCCGGGCAGCACAGGAGUUCCUGGAGUCCCUGAAUUUUGAUGAGAUUGAUGAAUGUGUCCGAAACAUUGAGAGGACGCUGUCUGUGGGUGGCGGGUUCUGUGCAGAGCUGAGUGAUUUGACUGGCACCGGAGGCACCGAGAAACCCAAUUUUAACUUCAGCCAGCCGUACCCCGAGGAGGAGGUCGACGAGGGCUUUGAAGCAGACGACGACGCUUUUAAGGAUUCACCUAACCCGAGUGAGCAUGGCCACUCUGACCAAAGGACAAGCGGCAUCAGGACGAGCGAUGACUCCUCAGAAGAAGAUCCGUACAUGAAUGAUACCGUAGUGCCGACAAGUCCUGCUGCCGGCAGCAGCACUCUCAUUCCUUCUAGCCAAGAUGCUCUCAGCCACUCCUCCAGCGGUGAAUCCACGUACUGCAUGCCAGAAAAUGUAUCCUGCAGGCCCCAGGAUUCUUCAGACCUAAUUUCUCCUGAGGGGGACUAUGAUUAUGACCAGGAUGAUUAUGAAGACGGCGCCAUCACAUCUGGAAGCAGCGUGACCUUUUCCAACUCUCACAGUAGUCAGUGGUCUCCCGACUACCGCUAUUCUGUGGGGACAUACAACAGUUCUGGAGCAUACAGGUUUAGUUCUGAGGGAGCUCAGUCUUCUUUUGAGGACAGUGAGGAAGAUUUUGACUCCAGGUUCGAUACGGAUGAUGAACUUUCAUAUCGGAGAGAUUCGGUCUACAGCUGUGUCAGCCUUCCCUAUUUCCACAGCUUUUUGUACAUGAAAGGUGGCUUGAUAAAUACGUGGAAGCGCCGUUGGUGUGUCUUAAAAGAUGAAACCUUCUUAUGGUUCCGCUCAAAACAGGAAGCUCUGAAGCAAGGCUGGUUGCAUAAGAAAGGUGGGGGAUCAUCCACACUUUCCAGAAGAAACUGGAAGAAACGCUGGUUUGUCCUACGGCAAUCCCGGCUGAUGUAUUUUGAGAACGAUAGUGAAGAAAAGCUCAAAGGAACACUUGAAAUUCGAACAGCCAAAGAUAUCAUUGAUAACACUAACAAAGAAAAUGGGAUUGACAUUGUCAUGGAAGAUCGGACCUAUCAUUUGAUUGCUGAGUCACCGGAAGAUGCAAGUCAGUGGUUCAGUGUCUUGAGUCAGGUCCACGCGUCCACAGAGCAGGAGAUCAGAGAAAUGCAUGACGAGCAGGCUAAUCCACAGAACGCCGUGGGCACAUUGGAUGUGGGGCUGAUUGAUUCUGUCUGUGCAUCUGACAAUCCAGAUCGACCCAAUUCGUUCGUGAUCAUCACCGCCAAUCGCGUUCUUCAUUGCAACGCGGACACUCCAGAGGAAAUGCAUCACUGGAUCACCCUCCUGCAGAGAUCGAAAGGGGACACUCGGGUUGAGGGACAGGAGUUCAUAGUGAGGGGAUGGUUGCACAAAGAGGUUAAGAACACUCCAAAGAUGACUUCAAUGAAACUGAAAAAGCGGUGGUUUGUUCUGACCCAUAAUUCCUUGGAUUAUUACAAAAGCUCAGAGAAGAAUGCCCUCAAGUUGGGCACCUUAGUGCUAAACAGCCUCUGUUCUGUUGUGCCUCCCGAUGAGAAGGUCUUCAAAGAGACAGGAUACUGGAAUGUGACUGUGUAUGGACGCAAACACUGUUACCGCCUGUAUACCAAACUGCUCAAUGAAGCCACUCGCUGGUCAAGUGCUAUCCAGAAUGUCAUUGAUACAAAGGCACCGAUUGACACGCCCACCCAGCAACUUAUUCAGGACAUUAAGGAGAACUGCCUGAACCCUGAAGUUGUCGAGCAGAUCUAUAAGAGGAACCCUAUCCUUCGUUACACGCAGCAUCCCCUGCAUUCUCCACUCUUGCCCCUUCCGUAUGGAGACAUCAACCUGAGCAUGCUAAAAGAUAAAGGCUACACCACUCUCCAGGAUGAAGCCAUCAAGAUAUUUAAUUCGCUGCAGCAGCUGGAGUCUGUGUCCGAUCCCAUUCCUAUUAUUCAGGGUAUUCUUCAGACAGGACAUGAUUUACGGCCGUUGCGUGACGAGCUCUACUGUCAGCUCAUCAAGCAAACCUGCAAAAUGCCUAAUCCAGGGAGUGUCGGCAACCUGUACAGCUGGCAAAUCCUCACAUGCAUGAGUUGCAUGUUUCUGCCAAGCCGCAGUAUUCUCAAGUACCUGAAGUUCCACCUGAAAAGGAUACACGAUCAGUUUCCAGGAACAGAAAUGGAAAAGUAUGCUCUUUUCAUCUAUGAAUCUCUCAAAAAGACCAAAGGCAGGGAGUUCGUUCCAUCUCGGGAGGAAAUCGAAGCCUUGAUCAAAAGGCAGGAGAUGAGCUCCACAGUCUGCUGUCACGGCGGGGGGUCCUGCAAAAUCACCAUUAGCUCCCACACCACCGCCGGCGAGGUUGUUGAAAAGUUAAUUCGAGGGCUGGCUAUGGAAGAUAGCCGAAAUAUGUUUGCUUUGUUUGAAUACAAUGGAAGUACUGAGAAAGCCAUUGAAAGCAGGACUGUGGUGGCUGAUGUCUUGGCAAAGUUUGAAAAGCUUGGUGCUGCUUCAGAAGGAGAUACCACGGCAUGGAAGUUUUACUUCAAGCUCUACUGCUUCCUGGACAUUGAGCACGUUCCCAAAGACAGUGUGGAAUUUGCAUUCAUGUUUGAGCAGGUAAAUAAGAGGAAGAAGGUCUGA